GACAUCAUGAGACCACUCCGUCCUCAUAUCGUGCCUCAUACAGUGCCUCCUAUAGUGCCAGACGAACGACAUAACCAGCCAUCAUGAGGCACCAACAAGCACUUCUUCUCGUGGUGCUUUCUGCUUGCCUGCUGCCGCUGCUGCGAGCGCAUAAGGUAGAACACGAAAAAUUUAUCAAGAAACACGAAGACGAAGCCGAAGUUAGAGAACUAGAAUCAUUGGAACCGAAUGAAGAAGACGACGAAGAGGAAUUCGAUCUCGAGGAAGAGAUGUUCGGAAGCCACAACCGAGGGCGUAAGGGGAUCAACCUCUUGGACGAGAGCAUGGAUGUGGUAUUGAGCGAACCUACAGAUCGUGUUCUGCGCGCCCUGAUUGCUCCCGAGGGUCACCCCAAGAAACUCUCUUUCGAUAAGGUGAAGAAAGUUCACCGAGAAAGGAUGGCGAGAUUAGCCGAAGAAAACGUGGACCGCUCUCCCUUCCAGCAAGAUUUUGGGGAAAUGUUGGACAGGGAACACGGGGCGGCGGUUGACAAGGAUGGCGACAGCGAAGGAUUCCUGAACAGAGUCCUCAGAGCAGUAUGGUAGAUCCGUCAAAAAUAUACUCGAUAGAUUUCCUGACUCAGUUUUCCACCCAGAGGAAUGUAAUGAAGAGAUAAAAAACACAAUCGCAAAUACAUGGGCUGCACAGUAUACCCGGAUUAUUUGGGAUUUGUGUGAAGAAUUCGUAAUGUCAGUGUCAAAUUAUGGUUAGAAUAAAAUGGCGGGAAAA